CAGGAAGUGCCAUGGCGACCGUGGGGCAGGCGCUGGCGCUGGCGCUGGUGGCCACGCUGUGGGGCACCACGGGCCCGUUCCUGCGGGCGGCGGCGGCGGCGGGCACGGAGGAGCCGCGGGGCACGGAGGAGCCGCGGGGCACGGAGGAGCCGCGGGGCACGGAGGAGCCGCGGGGCCGGGGCCUGCGGCGGCUGCUGGCCGAGCUGCGCUUCCUCAGCCUCAACUGCAGGUACCUGGUGCCCUUCCUGCUCAACCAGGCUGGAUCCCUCCUCUUCUACCUCACCUUGGCCUCCGCAGAGCUGUCCCUGGCAGUGCCACUCUGCAACUCCCUGGCUUUGAUUGUGACCCUGGUGACUGGGAAAAUCCUGGGAGAGGACAUUGGUGGCAAACGAGCCAUGGCAGGAAUGCUGCUCACCAUGCUGGGCGUGUCCCUGUGCCUGGCUGCGGCCUGAGGGAGCAGCAGGAACUGAGCCAGGGCAGCAGGAGCUGAUCCAGGGCAGCAGGAGCUGCUCCAGGGCAGCAGGAGCUGAUCCAGGGCAGCAGGAGCUGAUCUAGAGCAGCAGGAGCUGAUCCAGGGCAGCAGGAGCUGAUCCAGGGCAGCAGGAGCUGAUCCAGAGCAGCAGGAGCUGAUCCAGGGCAGCAGGAGCUGAUCCAGGGCAGCAGGAGCUGAUCCAGGGCAGCAGGAGCUGAUCCAGGGCAGCAGGAGCUGCUCCAGGGCAGCAGGAGCUGAUCCAGGGCAGCAGGAGCUGAUCCAGAGAAGCAGGAGCUGAUCCAGGGAAGCAGAAGAAGUUGA